AAUGUUACCACGGACCGUUUCCGUCUGAAUGGGACAGACGGUGUGAUCCAGGAGAACUACCUGCAGGGGAAGUUUGGGAAUAUGAUGACCUUGUGUGCCAUGCUGCCACUGCUGGUCUUCAGCUGCAUCAACUCCAUCCUCCUUCCACGGAUCCCAGAGGUGGUCCGGAUCUGUGGAUGCCUUGCUGCUAUCUUCAUCCUCUUUCUCUUCACCUCAAUCCUGGUGAAAGUCUCCCUGGAACCCAUCGUCUUCUUCACUGUCACCAUGCUAACGAUUGUCCUUAUCAACAGUUUCGGAGCUGUCCUGCAGGGCAGUAUCUUCGGCCUGGCUGGGUUACUGCCUGCGUUAUACACUGCGCCCAUCAUGAGUGGUCAGGGAAUGGCAGGGACCUUCGCAGCACUUGCCAUGAUCUGCGCCAUCGCAAGUAAGGGAUUGCCUCGACAUCAUCGUCACCGAGCACAGAGCCUCAGGAGGGACACACACCACUCAACAACACGGUCACACACAGCCCAAUCCCCUCCCAAAGGCCUAGGCAGCCAUGCAAGCAGAAACCGGCCUGGGAGGGUUUGA